AUGGAAAAAUAUCUUGAUCCAAAAAAAGCUUUAAAUUAUUUAUCAGAAUAUAAAAAUUCUGACGGCUUAUCAGCCAAAAAUCUUAUAGAUUCACAUAAACAUGGAGGCUUAACUUAUAAUGAUUUUCUUAUUCUACCAGGAUACAUUGAUUUCUUGUCUUCUGAAGUAACUUUAGAAACAAAGAUUACAAGAAACAUCACCUUAAAGACUCCUUUUAUGAGUUCACCGAUGGAUACAGUCACUGAGACUAAUAUGGCUAUAAAUAUGGCUUUAUUAGGUGGGGUUGGCGUGAUCCAUCAUAAUUGUUCGUCUGAUGAACAAGCUGAAAUGGUUAGAAAAGUGAAAAAAUUUGAAAAUGGCUUCAUAACAGAUCCAGUAUGUUUAACUCCAAAUCAUACAGUGGCUGAUGUACAUAGGAUUAAAGCUCAAUUCGGUUACAGUGGCAUUCCAAUUACUACUAAUGGAAAAUUAUAUAAUAUAUUACUUGGUAUUGUUACUGCUCGUGAUAUUCAAUUCCAUGAAGAUCACACCACAUUACUUCGAGAAGUGAUGUCAACUGAUCUUGUAGUGGCACAUGAAGGAGUAACUCUUGAAGAGGCAAAUCAAAUACUUCGAUCUAGUAAAAAAGGAAAAUUACCAAUUGUCAAUUCUCGUGGUGAAUUAGUUUCUUUGCUAGCCAGAUCUGAUCUAUUGAAAAAUAUUAAUUUUCCAUUGGCCUCUAAAUCUGCUCACUCCAAACAAUUGAUAUGUGCUGCAUCCAUUGGGACACGUCAUGAGGAUAAAACAAGAUUACACAAGUUGGUUGGGGCUGGUCUAGAUAUUGUUGUGUUGGAUUCAAGUCAAGGCAAUUCCAUUUUUCAAGUUGAGAUGAUCAAAUAUAUUAAACAAACUUACAAUGAUUCAUUGGAAAUUAUUGCUGGUAAUGUUGUUACCAGAGAACAGGCUGCAAAUUUAAUUGAAGCUGGUGCUGAUGCAUUACGUGUUGGAAUGGGAAGUGGUAGUAUAUGUAUUACACAAGAAAUUAUGGCUGUAGGUCGUCCACAGGGUACAGCUGUUUAUAAUGUAGCAGAAUUUUCAAAUAGAUUUGGUAUCCCAGUUAUUGCUGAUGGAGGUAUACAAAACGUGGGUCACAUUACAAAAGCCUUAGCAUUGGGUGCAUCUGCUGUAAUGAUGGGUGGAUUGCUUGCUGGUACCACAGAAUCACCUGGUGAUUAUUAUUAUCAUGAUGGCCAAAGAUUAAAAAAAUAUCGUGGUAUGGGAUCAUUGGAUGCUAUGGAACGUGUAAUCAACAUUAACACUGGUGUAACAGGUUCAGUAGUUGAUAAAGGAAGUAUUAGGAAAUUUUUACCUUAUCUGGUAACGGGUCUACAGCAUGGUUUGCAGGAUAUUGGUGUUAAGAGUUUAACACAAUUAAGAGAGAAUGUUAAAUCUGGUAAAGUUAGAUUUGAAUUAAGAACCAUGGCUGCUCAAGUCGAAGGUGGUGUACAUGGAUUAUAUACAUAUGAAAAACGUCUUUAUUCUUAA